GUCGUUUUAUUUUUAUAAAUCAUAAAGACACAAGUCCGCUAUCGGCCGUCCCGGCGAUAAGCAAAAGUUUAUUUUCGUUGAGCGAGAAGCGCAUAAAAGUGAAACAGUGCCUUUGUAAUUAGCAGUGUGUUUAGCCAGAUGAUCUGCAUUGUGCGCAGUGUGGGAUUAUUUUCGUUGCGUCCGUAGUGGCGGUGGUCGCAGUACCGAGAACACAAACACAGGAUAAACGGGUGUGGGACGUGGGAAAACCGUAGAUAGAGACGGAAUCGUUGUUUCCGGCAUCGGUCCAGCUUAAAGUGCACACAUGUUGUCGAGGGGAAUAAAGCAGUUAAGCAGGUUUCGGCCGCUCCCCCACGGGACUCAACCCUCCGUGGCGGCGCUGAGCAGGGGAUACGCCGGCUCUACACUGCCCCAACUCACCAAGGAUCGAUACGCGGUCCAACGUGGAGACUUCGCCGAAUUGACCAACGACCAUUUGACCUUCUUCAAGGGCCUGCUAGGCGAUAGUCGGGUGAUCACCGACCCCUCAGAAUGCGAGGCGUACAACGUUGAUUGGAUUAAGAAUGUCAGAGGAUACAGUCAGUGUGUGUUGAAGCCGAAAACCACUGAAGAAGUCUCAAAAAUUUUGGCAUUUUGCAACGACAACAAAAUUGCUGUUUGUCCUCAGGGUGGAAACACCGGCUUAGUCGGUGGAUCAGUCCCAGUUUUUGAUGAAGUGGUCCUUUCCAUGUCCCAAAUGAACGAAAUCAUCAGCAUCAACGACACAUCAGGGGUUCUUGUGUGCCAGGCGGGAUGCAUCCUGGAAGCCGUGGAUGAGACACUCGCUGACCACGGUCUGAUGAUGCCCUUAGAUUUGGGAGCAAAAGGGUCGUGCCAUAUAGGUGGUAAUGUGUCCACAAAUGCCGGAGGAUUAAGACUUCUUAGAUACGGUAAUCUACAGGGAUCAGUUCUUGGAAUUGAAGCGGUGAAAGCAAACGGAGAAGUCCUAGACUGUUUAAGUACUCUUAAAAAAGAUAACACUGGUUAUCAUUUGAAGCAUUUAUUCAUCGGUUCUGAGGGAUCCUUAGGAAUUGUUACCAAGGUCGCAAUUCAAUGCCCUCCAAAACCCAAAGCUGUAAAUUUGGCAUUUUUAGGUUUAAACUCCUUCGAAAAUGUCCUUAAAGUAAUGAAGAAAGCUAAACACGAAUUGGGAGAAAUUCUUUCAUCUUGCGAAAUGAUUGACGAGAGAUCUUUGGAUGUAGUGACUGGUCACUUGAAAGUAAAAAAUGUGCUUCCAGACUAUCCUUUCUACAUGCUUAUUGAAACUCAUGGUAGUAACAAUGAUCACGAUGAAGAGAAAUUGAACACAUUCCUUGAAAAUGUGAUGGAUGGUGGUUUGGUUCUAGAUGGAACUGCUACCAAUGAACCAAGCAAAAUGAAGAAUAUUUGGGAUCUCAGAGAGAGGAUUACAGAAGGUCUGGUCCAUGAUGGAUAUGUUUUCAAAUACGACAUAUCUUUGCCUAUUGAAAAUUUCUAUUCCUUGGUACCUGUAAUGAAAGAAAGACUUGGCAAUGAUGCUAUUAGAGUUAGUGGAUAUGGCCAUUUAGGUGAUGGCAAUGUUCACUUGAACAUUUCAGUUAAAGACUUUACUCAGGAUGUUUAUAAAAAGAUUGAACCUUUCGUCUAUGAAUAUACAUCAAAAUUGAGAGGAAGUGUGAGUGCAGAACAUGGAAUAGGUUUCAGAAAACCAAAAUAUAUUAAGUAUUCCAAAAGUCAAGAGGCAAUUAGUCUAAUGAAACAAAUCAAAACACUGAUGGAUCCGAAAGGAAUAUUAAAUCCAUAUAAAGUACUGCCCUAAAUUUGUUUUGUUUAUAAUUCAAAAUAAUAACAAACGAAAAUGGUUGUUUUUUUGUUGUACAAAAUAAAUAAAAUAUAUUUUUAUAA